UGCAACAAUCCAAACAAGAAGUUCCUUUAUGCGCCUAAACCAAUCAGGACACAGCCACUGUCUUUUCCACUUGCAAAGGCCAAUAUCUCAUCAAUUAGGCUUUCUGACACACUCCAUCGCUCUUUCUAACACAAUGGGUUGUUCUUGUGUAACUGUUGCAGCAUUGGUAUUCUGUCUUUUGCACCAAAUCCAAGGGAAUACUAGGCCAAGCAACAAUGUAGUAAACAGUGGCAGCUGUGACCUUUUCCAUGGGAGAUGGGUUUAUGAUAGGUUUUAUCCUCUCUACAAUUCAACAACAUGUCCCUUCAUAGGGAAGGAGUUUAAUUGCCAAAACAAUGGAAGACCGGACAAUGACUAUCUUAAGUACAGAUGGCAGCCCACUUCAUGCCAGAUACCAAGGAUCAGUGGUAGAGGGUUUUUAAGAAGAUUUAGAGGGAAGCGCAUCUUGUUUGUGGGGGACUCACUGAGCUUGAAUCAAUGGCAGUCCCUCGCAUGCUUAAUUUACAAGUCAGCACCACAAGCCAAGUACAACGUUAUCAGGACUGGAGGCCUCUCCAUUCUCAAGUUUCCUGAAUUUGAUGUUUCAAUCAUGCUCUCCCGCAAUUCCUAUUUAGUAGAUAUUAUGCGUGAGAAAAUUGGGCAUGUUCUUGUGCUCGAUUCGAUUCAAAAUGGAAAUUUUUGGAGAACGUUUGAUGUCUUGGUCUUCGAUACAUGGCAUUGGUGGCUUCAUACAGGGAGAAAACAACCGUGGGAUUUUGUACGAUAUAGAGGAAGAACAUACAAAGACAUGGAUCGCAUGGUGGCCUAUGAGAGGGCUUUGAGGACAUGGGCUACAUGGGUGGACUUCACUGUGGAUUCUAGUAAAACUCAGGUCUUCUUCCAGGGUGUUUCUCCAGAUUCAAUGAAUCCAAGAGAAUGGGGGGUUGCAAACUCAGAGAACUGUAGGGGACAAACGCAGCCACUGCUGGGGACGCAAUAUCCAGGAGGUACACAUCCAGCACAACUUGUUUUAGAAAGGGUACUGCGCAGAGUGUCAAAACCAGUUCAUUUGCUGGACAUAACAACACUAUCACAAUUAAGAAAAGAUGGUCACCCUUCAGCCUACGGGUAUGGAGGUUCGCGCGGCACGGAUUGCACCCACUGGUGUCUUCCCGGCGUUCCGGAUACUUGGAAUCAACUUCUAUUUGCAGCACUCUUCCAAAGUUGAAUUGAUAAUUUUUCUAAUCAUGUUAUCACUUGAAAGCCAUAUAGUUCAGUUGGGCUAGAGAGUAGGAACUCCUUGAUGUUGCUUCAUAAGUGUUUGAAUAAAGUAGGGUCAAUUGAUGUACUUUGGGCCUUUUGUAGUUUUUGCCUUUUUUGAAUUGUUAGCUGUUUGGAUUUCUUUUUUGGCGCUUUUCCGAAUAUGUAAAACUUAGUGUCCAUUUGGCAUUG